CUCGCCCCACAGCCGCUGAUCAGCCGCAACUACAAGGGGGACGUGGGGCUGGGGGAGAUCGAGCACUUCAUGGGGGUCCUGCUGCAGCGGGAGGAGGAGGGGACCCUCACGCCCCUCCUGACCCACGGCCACGUCCACUUCCUGUGGAUCAAACACGCCAACCUGUACCUGGUGGCCACCACCAAGAAGAACGGCAACGCCUCCCUGGUCUACUCCUUCCUCUACAAGGUGGUGGAGGUGUUCUGUGAGUACUUCAAGGAGCUGGAGGAGGAAAGUAUCCGCGACAACUUCGUCAUCGUCUACGAGCUGCUGGACGAGCUGAUGGACUUUGGGUUCCCGCAGACCACGGACAGCAAGAUCCUGCAGGAGUACAUCACGCAGGAGGGCAACAAGCUGGACACGGGCAAGUCGCGCGUGCCCACCACGGUGACGAACGCGGUGUCCUGGCGCUCCGAGGGCAUCCGGUACAAGAAGAACGAGGUGUUCAUCGACGUCAUCGAGUCGGUGAACCUGCUGGACAGAGAUGGGGAUGGUGCUGAUGAUGAGGAUGGAGCUGAUGAUGAGGAUGGAACUGAUGAUGAGGAUGGAGCUGAUGAUGAGGAUGGAGCUGAUGAUGAGGAUGGUGCCAAUGAUGAGGAUGGUGCCGAUGAUGAGGAUGGUGCUGAUGAUGAGGAUGGAGCUGAUGAUGAGGAUGGUGCCAAUGAUGAGGAUGGUGCCGAUGAUGAGGAUGGUGCCAAUGAUGAGGGUGGUGCCAAUGAUGAGG